UGAUAGUGAAGGAACAUAAACAGAGCUUGUGAAGCCGCUGAGCAGCCCGGCUGUGGCUCUGUGGGGUCUCCACAAUGACAGGCUGGUGGUCUAUUUUCUUGUUCACUCUGGCUGUCCUGACUGAAGGAACUGUCGCUCGACCCUUCAGUUCAUCUACGUGGAAGCACAGGAGACACCCUUUAAGAGGAGACCACAUAGCUCAGUUUAAGGAGAAGUACUUCACUCAGAUUCUGGACCAUUUUAACUACAACAGUUUGGGCAAUGGCACAUAUGCACAGCGGUACCUAAUCACAGAUCAGUACUGGAAAAAAGACGGACCAAUCUUCUUCUACACUGGCAAUGAAGGGGACGUGUGGGACUUUGCCCUGAACUCUGGAUUUAUAUUAGAACUAGCAGCUGAGCAAAGGGCACUGGUCAUAUUUGCUGAGCAUAGAUACUAUGGCAAAUCUCUGCCUUUUGGAGACGAGUCCUUCAACAUCCCAAACAUUGGGCUGCUGACAGUGGAGCAGGCACUGGCUGACUAUGCAGUGAUGAUCACAGAGCUAAAGAAGGAACUUGGGGCUGGAAAAUGCCCCGUCAUCGUCUUUGGUGGAAGCUAUGGGGGCAUGCUGAGUGUCUACAUGCGGAUACGGUACCCUAAUAUUGUUGCUGGAGCUUUAGGUGCCAGUGCUCCCAUCUUGUCUACAGCAGGAAUGGGCAACUCUGGGCAGUUCUUUAGGGAUGUUACGGCUGAUUUUGAGAACUGUAGUACAGCCUGCAAGGAUGCAGUCCGAUCAGCUUUCCAAAAAUUGCAGGCUUUGGCACAACAAGAAGACUACGCACACAUCCAAUCAGCGUUUUCUUUGUGCAAGACUCCAUCCUCUCCAAAGGACAUUCACCAACUGAACGGUUUCCUACGUAAUGCCUUCACCUUACUGGCCAUGAUGGACUACCCUUAUAAGACUAGCUUCAUGUCGGACAUGCCUGCUUUCCCUGUUAAGGUGGCGUGUGAGACCAUGCUGAAUGGAACUGACAUGCUGUUGGCUCUUAGAGACACUGUUGGUAUUGUCUAUAACUCAACAGGGGAGCAUGCAUGCUAUGAUCUCUACUCUCUCUAUGUGGAGUGUGCUGACCCCACUGGCUGUGGCCUCGGCUUCAACAGCUUUGCCUGGGACUAUCAGGCAUGCACAGAAGUCGAGUUGUGCUUUGAGAGUAACAACGUGACUGACAUGUUUCCACCUAUGCCUUUCACGGAGAGCAUGAGAGAGCAGUACUGCGCUAAGAGGUGGGCGGUGGUUCCACGGCCAGGCUGGCUCAAAACCCAGUACUGGGGGGACGCUCUUUCAACAGCUAGCAACAUCAUUUUCUCAAAUGGUGAUUUGGAUCCGUGGGCCAAUGGAGGGAUCAGGAAGUCUCUGAGUGAGUCUCUGAUUGCAAUCAACAUACCAGAGGGAGCUCAUCAUCUGGAUUUAAGGGCAUCCAAUACAGCUGACCCUGACUCUGUGACAAAGGCACGGCAAAAAGAGGCUCAGGUCAUCGCUCAGUGGGUGAAGACUGCAAGGGAAAAGACAGUCUGAAAUUCAUUUUAUAUUAUUUGUAAUUAUUUCAGUGCUUGAUUUCUUUUUUUUUUUUUUCAUUAAAACAAGGUUAAAAUAAAGGAUAUUCCAGAAACUU